AUCAACGGCCAGAUCCUGCACGAAGAUAACUAUCUGGGGAAGGCCGACGAGCUGGAGGCCCGUGCAAAGGAUACCGAUGAGGACAUGGACAAUGAAGAUAACCUCAAAGAUGGAGACGAUGGUUUAAGGACGGAGGAAGACAUUGAAGAACCGCAAGUGCAGCAGACAGAGUCGGGCACCUGGACGCUGUUAACCCACCCAGCCAUCCGCGUGCGUGCGUGGGCCGUGUGUCUGCUGUGGUUUACGUCUAGCUUUGUGUACUACGGGCUGACCAUGAGCUCUUCGACCAUUGGGUCUAAUCUAUACUUCUCCAUGUGUCUGUCGGGUAUCACCGAACUGAUAGCAACUGCGGGCACCUACCUACUGACGCUGUGCGUAGGCCGCAAACUCUUGGUGGUCAUGGGGCUGGUCAUAGUCUCUGUGUGCUGCUUUAUGGUGCCUGUUAUAGGUCAGAUUGAGG